AUGGAACAGCGGUAUUCGAGGUCCAGUCGAACCCCCGGAUGUUCGCCCUUUGUAAAGAAGCGCGUUGGCGUUUUUGAAGAGGAUCGGCGUAGACAGUGCUGGGGUAGCCUGUUCGUCCUUAGAAUGACAGUCGUUUGGCUUGGCCCGCUGCUGCUGCUGAAGUUGGCCCGGCCAGCUGCUGCUGCUGAGGUUGGCUGUGCGGUUGUUGGGGCGACGAGGGUCGGCCAGGUGAAGGUGAGAGGGGGAGCACGAGGCUCUACCCCAGGAGCCAAGUCAGCUAAGUUGGCCGGCCAGCUGCUGCUGCUGAGGUUGGCUGCUUCGUGUUGUCAGCGACGAGGGUCGGCCAGACUGCUAUCUAGUCUACUCUUUUCUCUCCUUUUCUGGUAUUUUUCUUCAUUUCGGCUUUGCACUUGUACUUUGCAUGCUGUUAGUAUUAGGCUUCGUUCCCUCCUCUAUCUACUCUCUCAUAUCUUCUUUCAUUUCUUUUUCUUUUGUGCUUUCAAUAUUGAUGUUCUUUAG